UCUCCGUUCAGGUGCUCGCCUUCACCUCGUUCGUGUUUUUUUCUUUUUUCUCUUUAAAGUAUAGUUGACUUGGUAACUGGGAUGUUUCAAAUUGACUCAAAGUGAGAUUACAUUUUGUUUUUCCUUGUGGGAAUAUAUUCUAUUUUUCCUUACAAGAAACGCGAACUUUGAGCGAAGAGAUUUUAGGGGUUUGAGCUCUGAAAACUGCAACAAUGGCGGAAGAGAACUCCACUCGACCUCUAUUUGUGCUCUAUGACUCCAUGACAAAGCACAAGCAAGUUUUCGUACCGAAGAUUCCGAACAAGGUUGGCAUGUAUGUCUGCGGCGUUACUGCGUACGAUUACAGCCAUAUCGGCCAUGCUCGUGCUUAUGUUGCUUUUGAUGUACUCUACAGAUAUUUGAAGGAAUUGGGCUAUGAAGUGACAUAUGUUAGGAACUUCACAGAUGUUGAUGACAAGAUAAUUCGCAGAGCAAAUGAGCGUAAGGAGAUUGAUACAGAAGAUCCACUGAGUGAUCCACUAAAUUUAAGCAAUCAUUUUUGUGAAGAGUUCCUCAAGGAUAUGGAGAAUCUACAGUGCCUGCUACCUACUCAUCAACCACGUGUUUCUGAUCACAUGGAUCAGAUUAGAGAUAUGAUAUCCAAGAUAAUUGAAAAGGGCUAUGCAUAUCCUCUUGAUGGGGAUGUUUAUUUUGCUGCUGACAAGUUCCCAAAAUAUGGGCAGUUAUCUAGGCGGAAGCUUGAGGACAACAGAGCAGGUGAAAGGGUUGCUGUAGAUUCUAGAAAGCGUCAUCCUGCUGAUUUUGCUUUAUGGAAGGCUGCAAAACCCGGUGAGCCAAGUUGGGACAGUCCAUGGGGUCCAGGAAGACCAGGAUGGCACAUAGAAUGCAGUGCAAUGAGUGCUCAUUAUUUGACUUCCUCUUUUGAUAUUCAUGGUGGUGGGAUGGAUUUGAUCUUUCCUCAUCAUGAAAAUGAACUGGCGCAGAGCUGCGCUGCAUGUGAGGAGACUCGCAUUGGGUACUGGUUGCAUAAUGGCUUUGUGACAAUCAAUGAAGAGAAGAUGUCAAAGUCAACCGGAAACUUCUUUACUAUUCGUGAGGUGACCAAACAAUACCAUCCUUUGGCUUUGAGGUACUUCCUGCUAAGCAUGAACUACAAUUCUCCUGUCAAUUAUUCCUUGUCGCAAAUUGAUCUUGCAUCCGAGGCACUGUUCCGCAUUUAUCAGACAUUGCAAGAUUGUAGAGAUGCUUUGUUGUCAUUUGAUGUUGGAAACGCAAAUGAAAAGGUUAAACCAAACAGCAAGCAACCUAGUAAACCUUCUGAGGCUGAGAAUCUGAAGAAGGAUUUUGAGUGCAAAAUGUCUGACGAUUUGCACACAUCAGAAAUAUUGAAGGGCAGUCUUCAAGAUGCACUGAAGUUUAUCAACAACGAAUUGAAUGGACUCAAGAAGAAGCAAAAGCAACAAAAACUUUUAGCUGUUCGGUCUCUCAUUGAAUUGGAGGAGGCAAUCAGGAAGGUUUUGGAUGUCCUAGGGCUGCUUUCUGCUGAGCCUUAUUCUGAGGUUUUGCUGAAGUUGAAAGAAAAGGCUUUAAUUAGAGCUGAGAUGGAUGAAGAUGAAGUAUCGCGUCGGAUUGAAGAAAGGACCGUAGCUAGGAAGAACAAAGAUUUUGCAAAAAGUGAUCAGGUGAGGAGUGAAUUAACUGCUAAGGGUAUCAGCUUGAUGGAUUUACCAACUGGGACGACAUGGAGGCCAUGUGUGCCAGAAGAAAAACCUCAGAUUCCUACAACAGAAUGAUGCAGUUAAUAAAGUGAUGUUUACUUUUAGCGGUUUAAUUUCCUUUUUCUUUUCUGAAGAUUACAUUUAUAUAUCUCUUGAGAAAGUAUCACCCAAAGGCUCCAGGCAAAUUUUGUUGUGGGGCUCUAUCUUUUUCCCAUUUGUGGUAAACUCGUGUUUUUUUUACCACAACCAUCAAUACAGUGGGAGCUGUUAGACAGGUAAAUAUUAAACUUUUUUAUUUUUC